AUGCAGAACAAGACACGGCGAGCAGUAACAAGACACUGCAGCAAAACAAGACACGGGCCAGCAGGAACAAGACACGGGCGAGAAGUAAACAAUACACGUGCGACAGGAACAAGACACGGCGAGCAGAACAAGACACGGUCCAGUCAGGAACAAGACACGGGGAGCAAAAACAAGACACGUGCCAGCAGGAAAAAGACACGGGCCAGCAGGGACAAGACACGGGCGAGCAGAAACAAGACACGGGCGAGCAGGAACAAGACACGGGCCAGCAGGAACAAGACACGGGCAGCAGAAACAAGACACGGGUCCAGCAGGAAACAAGACACGGGCGAGCAGAAACAAGACACGGUCCAGCAGGAACAAGACACGGGCGAGCAGGAACAAGACACGGGCGAGCAGGAACAAGACACGGGCGACAGAAAACAAGACACGUGUCCAGCAGAACAAGACACGGGCAGCAGAAACAAGACACGGGCACAGGAACAAGACACGGUGCAGCAUUAA